AAAAAAAAAAAAAAUUAAAACUUUUUUUUAUCACUUCUCUUUAUAUUAUGGCAGAUACAGAAAACAUUAGAAAGCUCAACUUAUAUCUUAAUUUCAAGUCGCGUGUUCGUAUUCAUGAUGGAAGAACAUUUAUUGGUACAUUUGUUUGUAUAGACAAAGACAAGAAUAUCAUCCUUGCCAACACUGAAGAGUUUAGAGGAGAUGAAAAAAGACUUGUUGGUCUAGUGAUGAUCCCUGGUAAACAUUUGGUUAAAGUUGAAACUGAAGAUCUAGAAACUAUCGAUGCCAUGUACACAUAAAAAAUAGAGAAAGAUACCCUUUGUAUAUUAAUAGUAUUGUUCAAGAGAUUUCCAAGGAUCCUGAGUAAAACUUGGUAAAUACAAGUCUUCUUUACUGUUUUGGUGUAUGUCAACUGUUUCAAUAUCUCCAUUUGGUAGAAUAUGUUUCCAAGGAUCUUGAGUAAAACUUGGUAAAUAAAAAGAAGCAUAUCGUUCUUGUUCAGAAAUAUAUCCAUGCUUUGGAUAACCACCACGGCGACUCCCUCUGCCUCUAUAAGAGCCACGUCCUCUAUAAGGCCGAGUUGGUUGAUAAGACAUAAGCAAAAGAAAGAGACAAAGAGGGAGAGAGAAAAAGAGACAUGACUUCAUUUUGAUUGGAUAAUAUCUUACACACACACACACAC